AUGGCACUGCCGCCACCUCUACGAGCAUCUGUUACGCCUGCUGAGCUGGAGCUGAUCGCCUGUGAGCAGCUUGUCGAGAUCGUCCCUCUCGUCGCGAUGGAACGAACUGCAUUAUAUCUCUACGGACCCCUGCGACCUCCAGCGAAGUGCAAGCUGAAGAAGAAGUGCCACAUCGUCCCGCCAGACUGGCUUAAUGUAGAUUUCUUGCAGGAUAGGCUAACACGCGAAACCACGCAACCUGAGUUCAGUGAACUGCCAUUUCGUUUCGCGGAGGUCGCCAAGGUCCUGUUAGACGUCGCAUCAGACGAUAUAUCAAAUCCAGACAAAGUUCGUUCACUACUCCAAGACAUCCGCGAGGCACGACAAGCCAAGAGUCGAGACGGUGUGUCGAAAAUCGAUCACAGUGAACUUAGUCUCCCAAAUCUCUGCGCCAUGGAAAUCAAUGAAAUCCGACCGUUCUUCGUGCGUUCGAUGGGCGUCUUGACCCAGCUCGUACGGCAACAGGAUCCAGGACAAAUGGACCAAAUGGAAUGA